AGCAACUCGACUCUUAAUCCCUGGAAGAGGGUAUAGGCGAGUUUCUUCGUUCCCAUAUAUUUUUAAGCAUAAUAGCACCCGGUUCGUGGAUUCGUGCUAUUGCUAAAGGAAUCACCAUCAUCAUUAACAGCGGCAGCUCGUGCCUCUUGCUGGUGGCUUCUUCGAACGGCGGAUCCCCGGUUUCUCGAAACUGCCGAUGUCACGUGUGCGAUUUCUGGCUCAACGUUAGAAGAUGAGCUCCAUGGCGAUCGCGCCCAUGCGGCGCAUGUUCCGGCGCCACUGCUUGCUGGUACCGGCGCUCCGCGCAUUCUUUCUGUGCAGCACUGGCUACUGCCUGUGGACUUUCCUGCUAUCGUCAGCCGGUUCCCGUUCAUCUGGUGACCGAUGGGAGCGGCCUGUUCCGAUAGGCCACCGCAUUCGAACGGCGGGAUGCACGCUACCCCGGUUCGACCCGUUCGACCCAACGGUCAAGCCUUUCAUCCGGCGCCGCUUCGAGCGCAUCAAGUGCCCCGGAAAGCCCAACUUCCUCACCAUCAGGAAUGGUGUCGCAGCGAUACUUCCGCGGAACUUGGAGGAGCAUGGUGUACAUCCUGAUGACCUCGACUGCUUCUACAAGGAAAUUUAUCGAAACGAAUCUUUAACCGUUCCAGACAGACAUUAUGUGUACGGGCGCAGAAGGAGAUUGUUGUUCGACAGGGCGCUGAAAGAAGAGUUUGUCUUCGUAGAAUGUGUCACAAAGAAGUCCCCGGAGAGGCCUUUUCACAACCAGUUUCUUCUGAACCCGCUCAUCAAGAAGAACGUCGAGAAGCGCUGCGGACGGGCACGAAGGGGUACUCCCCACAAUCUCAGCGUUCUAAUGCUUGGUUUAGACUCGGUGUCGCACCUGAACUUUGACAGGCACCUUCCGGAGACUGCGAAGCUUGUGCGGGAAAAACUCGGUGCUUUAGAACUUCAUGGAUAUAUCAAAGUGGGGGAGAACAGCUAUCCGAACCUAAUGGCCCACCUCACAGGUCUUAAAGACUUCGAAGUGGAUGAGACAGUGUCAGCCGGAUUCUACGACAACCUCAGCCCCCGUUUCAUCUGGCGGCGAUAUUCAUCUCGCGGAUAUCGGACUCUGAUGCUCGAGGAGUGGGCGCUACCGGGUCUCUUUAGUACCUUCCACCGUAAAGGCUUCCGGCGCGCGCCGACUGACUAUUACCCGCGGCACGUCGUCAUGCUCAUGGAAGACCUGACCAGGAGCGUGGCAGAGGAUCCACCCGUAAGCUGCUUGGGACCCACAUUGCCUUCCGAAGAGCUGCUCAGCUACCUAGCCAACUUCGUGAACGUAAUGUCGGAGCGGCCUUUCUUCGCCUAUACCUGGUUCGUCGAAUUAACGCACGAAUGGCUGAACAGUGCAGCAUACGCUGACGAACCAGUCCGGCGACUACUUAAGGCUCUGCACGCUUCCGGCGUGCUCAACCACACGGUUCUCAUCUUCCACAGUGACCACGGAUUGCGGUCCGGCGACGUGCGUACGACGUACAUUGGAAGGCUCGAAGACAUCCAGCCGUUCGCCUUCCUCAUCUUUCCCCCGUGGUUCCUCGAGAAGAAUCCCGAGGCGGCUCGGAAUCUUCGUAUCAACCAGCGCCGCCUGACGACGCCCUUUGACCUGCACGCGACGCUCGUCGAGCUGCUCGACUAUCCCGUCCGCAAGCGACCGCGUACUGCGUAUGGACUGAGCUUGUUUCACCAGAUACCGGGCGAGAGGACGUGCAGCGAUGCGUCCAUUAAGCACAAGUGGUGCGCGUGCAGAGUGCGGAGUGAUGCUGCCGUAUCUGGAGCGCUGGCCAGGGCAUUGGCCAAUCGGAUUGUUUCUGACGUCAACAAGAUGUUAGCGCGGUCGACGCGAAAGUGUGCCGAGUACCAACUGCUCCGAGUGAUUGACGUCACGUUGCUGCAGGCGACGCCGGCUGAGCUCGCAUUGAACACGAGUCAUUACUUGAUCGACGUCAAGCUGUCGCCCGGCAAUGUCGUUUUAGAAGGCACCGUACGUGUUAGCGCAGGCCACGUGAUUGAGGUGAACGAUAUUAGUCGCUGCGACAAGUACAAGGCACAGACCUACUGCAUGUAUGGAUGGCCGCUUGAGAAAUACUGCUACUGCCGCCGUACUUUCGGUGGACAAGCUUUAUUUCGAUCAUGAUUACUUAAUUAUUAAACAAAUACGCCUUG